GGGGGUUGAGCAAACCACCAUUGCGUUUUGUCAAGGUACACACGAAUGCCGGGCUGCUUUAACUUUGGGUCCUUUCUUGUUUCUGCAUAGCAGGUUUCAUGUAUCUUCGACGGUAUCUCCUUGUGUCUGUAGAAUGCUCUCUUGUAUACUUAGUACUACUGUGUUUCACGUCAUCCACAAAGCCCCUUCCUGCCCAGCAUAGCAUAGUUGUCUUCUACUCUGGUUAUUCGUCAAGUCAAUACGGCUGUUCGUUCAAGUCGAGCUUCCAAUCAUGGACACAUGGAUCUGGGAUAACACCGGUGGGUCUACACCGACACGGCCCUCUGCUUAACUUGACCCUUAAGUACCUUAGUCAAGCACCUUAGCUUACAUUAAUCCCCGAUAUGACAUCACGUCACACUUGCUUGGAUGCCGAUCAGGGGACUUGUAAUCGUUGGUGCGGUCAAAUCCGCUGCGGCUUGUUGCAGCCAGUGGUAAU